GGGACUGAGAUUGAAGAGGGGGCCCAGGAGAGUGUCUGUGCAAAUUUUGAAGAAAAUCGUAGGGCUUGUUUUGCCCGCGAAACAGAAUCGUGAAAGCGUGACAAAAUAGAACGACGCUAGACGAUGUGCAGCGGUCCUACCAAAUAAGGUCACAAUGAAUGAGAGCCGAACCAGUGUUAUAAGCGCUCGACCUGUGCCAGUGUUUGAAAAUGCAGUUGAAGGAUUAUUCAGCACUAAAAAGGCCCGGGCGCAGACGGAGCGCAAGUACCGCCCGCCGCCGCCGCCCCACCCGGCACGGGUCCGCAGCACUCUGAGCCGCCGCCGCGUCCGCUCCUGCCUGCCCGAGGCCGGCGCGGUGGCUGUCUCAUUUCGUGACCACUCCGACUCGUCGGUCCUCACCAACAGUCUGUACAACACGGCCGACCAGCUCACCUACCUGGACCAGUGCUUCGACGAGAAGCGGCUGAUCGGCUCCGGCUGCUUCGGCGAGGUGUUCAGCGCCCGCAGUAGGAUCGAUGGGCGCAUGUACGCCAUCAAAAAGUCCCGACAGCGCUUCAGGAGCGACGCCGACCGCCGGCGGCGUCUGGAGGAGGUGCGAAAACACGAGCGCCUGCCGCCACACCGUCACUGCGUGGCGUUCCACGGCGCCUGGGAGGAGCGCGACCACCUGUACCUGCAGACAGAGCUGUGCGCCACCUCGCUGGCUGAUGUGGCCGACACGGAGCACAGCAUACCCGAGUCCACCGUGUGGGCCUACAUGGUCGACCUGCUGCUGGCUAUCAAACACCUGCACGACAAUCAGCUGGUUCACCUCGACAUCAAGCCGGAGAACAUCUUCGUGAUGCGCGAGGGCUACUGCAAGCUGGGUGACUUCGGGCUCGUCAUGGACCUCUCCGGCUCGCGUGACCUGGACGACUCGGACGCCAUGGAGGGCGACCCCAAGUACAUGGCGCCCGAGCUGAUGACGGGCCGGUUCUCCGCCGCCGCCGACGUCUUCUCGCUCGGCCUGACGCUGCUGGAGCUGGCCUGCGACCUGGAGCUGCCGGCCGGCGCGGCCGGCUGGCACCAGCUCCGCUCUGGCCAGGUGCCGGCGCCGCUGCGGCGCACCCUCUCCCCGGCACUGCGACACGUCCUGGAGAGGAUGCUGCACCCGGACCCGGCGCGGCGAGCCACGGCCGCUGAGCUGCUGCGGCUGCCGGCGGUGCGCGCGGCGCGCCGCAAGAGGCAGCUGACCAUCCUCUGCUGCACCGCGAUCAGCACACUCCGCGCAGUGCUGUCGCGGCUGGGCGCCAGUCUGGUGGCCAGUCUGGUGUUCGCUCUGUGGCUGCUCUGCUGGCCCGUCCGCUGUGUCACUCACUCGGCACCCGGUGACUCGCCCCUACAGCCGGCACCGGUGGCAGGCACGACCGACGGACCCACGCCCCAGUCCAACGGAACGCCGGCUGCCUGGCUCGAACCCGCCUACAGCGAUGAUGAGGACCCGCUGAAUAUGACGGGCGACAGUCUACAAUCUGAACUCGGUCUGCUCAGCUCCACGCCCGAGCGGGUCCCCGGCUCAGCUGCCUCCGCCGCGCGUCAUCAGAUGAGCCUGAGAAGGGUGCUGCUCUUCAACGAUGACCAGGACGAGGCGGAGGACCCUGUACCGGUGCCUGCAGCGCCUCCCAGCGGUCGGCGCCUCCGGAGGCCGGCAGGCGGCGCCACCGGCGGCGGAGGAGACAGCAGUCCAGUGUCCCGCCGGCGCCACAUGCCCCGGCCGCGAGCGCUCGGGUCGCUGCGCGGUGUCCAACAGAAGCUCGACUUCCAGGCGGCUCGGCUGAGCGAUGACGAUUGAACGCCGCUUGGCGGAGCUCUCUGAGGGACCAGAGAGACCCGAGACCGGUGGGACCGUCAUCCCGGCUUCUACGUCAGUCCUAGGUGGGACCAGCGGCACCCAGGCACAGGACGGGGAGCGAGAGCCCUCCCCGCCGCCUGCCACUAACCAAAACACUGUACAUAGAACCAGAGAGUAUUGUAUAAAAGUGCGUCGAUGUGAACCUGAAGUGCCCCUACGGACCGCGGUGAGUUCACCGUCCGUCAGAACGCCCCUCGUGUCGCUGUGGAGAGGCCCAGUGGGUGUGUCUGAAUGUCCGAUAACAGUUGGUGACAUACCAGGGAAAUAAGCUAAAAUUAAAGCGCUCUAUUUAUUGCUCCUGCCCCAUGUUGAAGAGAUACCCCUAAAAGCGUGAUCUUUUAUCGGCCCUUACGCAGCAAGGCAGUAAUUCUCAGACCGGUGGAUGGUAUCCAUAGAAAGAGAAUGCGUCAAAGAUUAACAUGAAUUAAUUAAAAUAACAUUAAAAUGUUAAUUAAGCGUGGAAAUUAGUCCCAAACAUAAGCUAAUUAUUGCUCCUACCUCGGCGACGGCGCUCCCCGCAGUCGGCGGAGAAGCUAAAAUAAAAGCCACCAUCCUCCUCCGUAAGUCAAUUUUAGAGCGGCCGAGUGGGCCGAUGCGGGGCCACCAAACUGAAGUGAGACGUGGCUAGUAAUUGCAAACCGCCAUAGAAAUCAAUAUCUUAAGACGUACAAUAUGGGAUGAUUACUCUGAAGCUGGAGUGAAAGCAUGAGUAGAUUGCAAGAAACGAAAUGCAUAGAUUGGUUGAAUUAUGUACAAUAGGCACAGCUCAGAUGAAGCCAUUUCUAUGAUGUUGACAUAUGACAUAACCCUUCCUCUCCUCACGUAUGACCUAAGUGCAUUGGCAGUUACCGGCAUAGUUUUUGAGCACGAGUGUAAUUCGCCAUCGGACCGCAAUACAUGUUGCUAGGCUGCUGCAAUUACAACUAACAUACGAAUACUGCCUUCAUUUGUAGACGUUUGUUUUUUUAGGCGGUCUUUGACGUGCAAGGGGGCAUACCUGUCGACAACUUGAGUUUCUCCGAAUUUCAAAAACUCCCAGAAUUUCAAUUCCUUAUGCACUGUUGUAGGUACAGCUAUGUUCACAAGUUUUCGUUUCCUCCUGUUCUAAAAAGGAUGAUAUUUGUCGAUUUCGUGCGUCGCUGAUAGGAGGGUGCGUUUAAUGAUUAGGCCCAACGCUUUCUGCAUCCACGAGUACCUUCAAAAGGGAACAACAGUUUCCAUUUAUUACACUAUGGGACAUGUGACAAAAUGGCCACUGGAACACGCAUGAAACGGAGCUCAUAUUCCUAAAAAUGUCUACAAUCACUUCUUUUCUGACACUAUUAGCAAAUACCAUCUCAAGUUAGGUGGUUGACAGACAGUCAAUGGAGAUCUGGGGAGACUGAGUGAUGCCAAUUCAUCACUUAACUGAUAAUGAGGGCCGAGGGAAGAGAAACAUGCAACAUGCACAACUGACAACUUGACAAGUGACAAAACACUACCACUAUUGCGCAGUGCACAACAAAUUACAGCAGCCAGCCCAAAAAUGCUUUUGGUGGCUAAUUGCAAAACAAGUCACUAAUAAAUGUCUUAGUUGCAGCUGAACACUGCACAAUAAUCACACUGUUCACACAUUGAGUGAGAUGCCACAGGUGGUUUGAAUCACACUUUGGUUCAACUGUAAAUCUGAAGUGUUGUCAUGAGGUUCAUGCCUCCAUGAUCACAGCACUUUGGUUGUGGUUGGCAUGACACUUGUAGUCUGCAGAGUUCCACAUGAACUGCAGACACCUCAUCUGGUGGUCUUCAUGUUGCUCAACUUCUUCAGGAGGCAAAUGUCGACCACCCAGCGGAAGCAUGGUCCUGCAGAAAAGAAAGGUAAUGCAUAAGGUACAAACAUUAUCUACUGAAACAGCUCCUUCUGUUGGCUGCUAUUAAACUUUUAGCAUAGGUAACAUAACAACAUGUAUUCCAUGUAUAUUACAUUUGUUAAAGUAAAAUACUGCCGGCUAUUUCAAAACCAGAAAAUGAAAUUAUAUUGUGGCAUAAUUCAACUGCUCAGCUAUCAGUAUCAAAUAAUAAUUAAUUUAAUAUUUGGCAUAUUCUAUAUAACACAUUCAUAGAAUAUUCUACUUCACGUCACAAGGACUCACAAUCUUUCUGUUGGGUGUUUGAUUGACGCAUUAACAAAGUUUGUCUUAGGUUUUAUUAUUGCAAAAAAUUCAUAUUGCAUUAUUGUAUCAAAAUACUGCCAGCAAUAACAAAACAAGAACAUGAAAUGCCAAUGAGCAAGCCGCCUUUCCUUAAAAUGGAUUACUUUGAAAGGAAUUUUAGUUUCUGUUAAGGAAAAGGAGAAAUGAUUAUCAGGUAAUUAUCAGAAAACCACUCAACCAGCAAGUGGCUGGGUGGUUUCACAGCAAACAUCAAGCCAAAACAUAUACUUGCAUCUAUCUAACAAUUGAGCCAUUUGACUACUACAAGGAUAUGUGAGCAAAAUAAGAAUCCAAUUAUCCAAUGUUGACUUCCUUGCAAAGUGUAUGCCUUAUUUUAUGAAAAUGUGUCACUAGAAUAUGAUACUUAUCAUCGAAUAUUAUUUAAUUUACGAUUUAUUUUGAUCGGAAUGCACAUGGAGUCCCGCGCCAUUUUCGUCGACGAUGAAUAUGAUCGUGUUUCAUGAAGAGAUAAGGGGUUUCAAUGAUCUUUCAAAGCAAUAAUUUGAUGCAAAAAUUUGUAGGAAAUAAUAUGAAGCUGGUUCAAAUGGCCAUCAACCAUUUAAAACACCGAAAAUACUCACAACCCCGUCCCGACGACCACGCAGCACCGCGCACGCCACACUACUGGCACAAUGCCAAAACUGCUGUCACAGCGGAAAUGUUUUUUUUUCUCGAUUGCAAUUGUGGAAUUAUUUAUUAAACAGAAGAUGAUCUUUCCGAAAAACCGACUGAUUUCAUACACAGAUGCAUGGAAAAUAAAAAAUCCCGGUAAGUUUAUUUGUAUUGUUUUGUCGAUUUUGACAUGCUCCUAGUUUGCAGCCAUAUUUCGAUAUGUUCUACAGGGAGUUCAGAAUUAUUUCAGGACCAAUCUUUUCCUCAUUCAUUUUCCCGUCGAUCAUGAAAUUUUUAGAGCGGAACAAUUGGUUUCCAGGCGGUCCGAGCGGUUUUCGUGAGAAGGGUGCAAAAAUCGGCGUCAUUUUUAGAGCCUCGACACCAGCUCAACACAGGACCCUAUGGGAGACGGUGAAGUAGCGGGAGCAAUAAAUAGAGCGCUCUAAUUUUAGCUUAUUUCCCUGGUGUGUCACCGACUGAUAAGGACGGAGGCCAGCAGAACAUAGCAACACUCGCCACAAUCAGAGAAGAGGGGGGGGGGGGGUGGAGAGUUGUGCCGGUACCAAAUCAGGGUGACUGUCACGGCGUCGGCCGGCCGCGCCGAGAGAUGUGUGUCCACCCCGAGCGGAGGACAAGGCUGUGUAUUUGAACGGGAUGAAUCGCGUAUGUCACUAAGGUUGUCUGUUGUGUGUGUAUAUUGUCGGUGCACUGUCUGCAUCAUGCCGUAGCCCACUCACUGAUAGCAAUACCGUUGAGACCAGGAGUAUUUUAUUUAAUCCCGAUUAUGAUUUGAGCGCGGCUGCGAGCGUAGGGAAUGUCGGCGGUCAGUUGUCUUCCGUAACAAGCUUCCAACACCACUCAUCGUUGAGCGAUGGCACACGGGCGGUCGUGCCUCUUGCAUAGUGCGUAACUUCCUCACACAUCGCCUCAAUACAGUGGGAUAAUGAACGGAUAAAA